AUGUAUCCCCCAGAGUCAGUGUGUGACUGGAGCCCUGAUGGUCUGUCUGUGUGGUUGUUUCAGUGGGAGGUUGUCCAGAGGAGUCUCAACGGCUCCCAGUUCUAUACCUACUCUGUGUGUAACGUGGGCGAGCGUGAGCAGGACAACUGGCUUCGCACCACCUUCAUCCAGCGCCGCCCGUCGGCCUCUCGCGUCUUCGUGGAGCUGCAGUUCAUCGUGCGUGACUGCAACUCGUUUGACAGCUCAUCGCUUACCUGCAAGGAGACCUUCAACCUGUUCUCCUCUGAGUCGGACGCUGACAUCGGCACCAGCUUCCGAAAGGGCCAGUUCAAGAAGGUGGCAACCAUCGCACCCGACGAGAUCACCAGCCGCAACGAGUUGCACAUCAACACAGAGACGCGGGUGGUGGAGAGCCUCAGCAGGAAAGGCUUCUACCUGGCCUUCCAGGACAUUGGGGCCUGUGUGGCGUUGCUCUCUGUCAGGGUCUACUACAAGACCUGCCCGGCCACCGUCAAAAGCCUGGCAGCCUUCCCCGAGACAGUGGCGGGCGGUGGGGAGAACCAGGCCCUGAGGGAGGUGGCAGGGGCCUGCAUAGAGAAUGCGGUGAGCGAGGAGCCCCCCCGCAUCUACUGCACUGUGGACGGAGAGUGGGUGGUGCCCGUCGGACAGUGCCAAUGCAGUGCCGGCUACGAGGCCGUCAACGGCACAUGCCGAGGUAAGGUGUAUGUUCCUUUGUUCUAUUGGCUCACUGAUAUCUGGCGGUCUGAGAGUCUAUUCACUCUAGCAUCAUGUACUCUAAUGCUGUGUAUGUAUGUGUGUGUGUGUGUGUGCUUUUGAGUGUGAGCUGGCGUGAAUAGAGUCUGCAUUGAGAUAUUUCGCAGAUGGUUUUUGAGUUCAGUUUUUUUUUUUUUGUGUUUGCUAUAAACAUGCAAAUAUUAAAAAGGCUUGGGGCAAUUCCACAGUAACGGAAUGAUGAGCAGAUGCAAAGUUUGGUAACAGAAUGAUGGUUUGUGCUGUUUGUUCCGUCAUUCUGUUACCAAACUUGGCAUUUGCGCUGUUCUUCAAGUAAAUGUGUUUUUUGUAAAAUUUUCUGUGGAAAUUGUUAAAAGUAGUCCUUUGUUUUUGUUUGACAUACAUUUUAAAGUGGAAAAUCUGAGUCUCGGCAUCAUUCCAUGACUGUGAAAUAGACCCCUGGUUAUUAAUCAUAGUGUUAAUUUAUUAUUGUGUUGGAAUUAUCCCCUGGGGUAAUGUGACUCCUCUGAAAUGGAAGGAAUGAACACUCCUGCUUUUACAUGUCACUACAUCAUCCCUGACCUUGAACCAAAUUUACAAAUGUGGUAAGAGUUUUAUAGCAAAAUUCAGCUACUCUUAGGUCAUGUACUAUAUGUGUGAGAACUGUUUGAUUGAUAAAAUGUAGCAAUAUAAAAGUAAUUUAAAAAUACUUUUAAGUCAGCCAUUUCCCUCUUAACUGAAAAGUAUUAGUGAGGUCCCCCACUCUUGUUGCAAGACAUUUUUAUCAGGACCUUUGGCUCUUGUAAGCUAGUAUCCUGCUAAUUUGUCAUUCAUUCAUUCUCUUAAAUACUCAUACGUAGUCUUACCUGGGCUUUGUAGUCAAUGUUGCUACCAUGUUGCAUUCAAGUCCUCAUCAGAGGCCCUCUAGUCUACAUCUCCUCAGUCCUGCCAAAAUGACAGACGUUGCUCAAAGACUGGAGGUUCAGAAGUCACUCUGAAACUGUACUGGUGGUGAAUUUACUUCUUCAAGGCAGGAGGAGGAGGAGGAGAGAAAGCGCUUCUGGUUAUCAUUUCAAUUCAAUUUCAGUACUCUGGCUUUCUUCAUUACAUGCAUCAGAGAAAUUGGCAUUCCUUAAGUCAUUGGGCACUCCCCCCCAUGGCUUUAUUGGCAUGGGAAACAUAUGUUAACAUUGCCAAAGCAAGUGAAGUAGAUAGUAAACAAAAGUGAAAUAAAUAUUAACAGUAAACAUUAGUCAGAAGUUCCAAAAGAAUAAAGACAUUUCAAAUGUCAUUUUAUGUAUAUAUAUAGUGUUGUAACAAUGUGCAAAUAGUUCAAGUACAAAUGGGAAAAUAAAUGAACAUAAAUAUGGGUUGUAUUUACAAUGGUGUUUGUUCUUCACUGGUUGCCCUUUUCUUGUGGCAACAGGUCACAAAUCUUGCUGCUGUGAUGGCACACUGUGGUUUUUCACCCAGUAGAUAAGGGAGUUUAUCAAAAUUGGGUUUGUUUUCGAAUUCUUUGGAUCACUGUAAUCUGAGGGAAAUAUUUGUCUCUAAUAUGGUUAUACAUUUGGCAGGAGUUUAGGAAGUGCAGCUCAGUUUCCACCUCAUUUUGUGGGCAGUGUGCACAUAGCCUGUCUUCUCUUGAGAGCCAGGUCUGCCUAUGGCGGCCUUUCUCAAUAGCAAGGCUAUGCUCACUGAGUCUGUACAUAGUCAAAGCUUUCCUUAAGUUUGGGUCAGUCACAGUGGUCAGGUAUUCUGCCACUGUGUACUCUCUUUUUAGGGCCAAAUAGCAUUCUAGUUUUUUUGUUAAUUCUUUCCAAUGUGUCAAGUAAUUAUCUUUUUGUUUUCUCAUGAUUUGGUUGGGUCUAAUUGUGUUGUUGUUGUUGUCCUGGGGCUCUGUGGGGUCUGUUUGUGUUUGUGAACAGAGCCCCAGGGACUCUUCUCCAAGUUAAUCUCUCUGUAGGUGAUGGCUUUGUUAUGGAAGGUUUUGGAAUCGCUUCCUUUUAAGUGGUUAUAGAAUUUAACAGCUCUUUUCUGGAAUUUGAUCAUUAGCGGGUAUCGGCCUAAUUCUGCUCUGCAUGCAUUAUUUAGUGUUUUUCGUUGUACACUGAGGAUAUUUUUGCAGAAUUCUGCAUGCAGAGUCUCAAUUUGGUGUUUGUCCCAUUUUGUGAAUUCUUGGUUGGUGAGCGGACCCCAGACCUCACAACCAUAAAGGGCAAAGGGUUCUAUAACCGAUUCAAGUAUUUUUAGCCAGAUCCUAAUUGGUAUGUCAAAUUUUAUGUUCCUUUUAAUGGCAUAGAAGGCCCUUCUUGCCUUGUCUCAGAUCGUUCACAGCUUUGUGGAAGUUACCUGUGGCGCUGAUGUUUAGGACGAGGUAUGUAUCGUUUUUUGUGUGCUCUAGGGUAACUGUGUCUAGAUGGAAUUUGUAUUUGUGGUCCUGGCAACUGGACCUUUUUUGGAACACCAUUAUUUUUAUCUUACUGAGAUUUACUGUCAGGGCCCAUGUCCAGCAUGACUUCAGCAUUCUCUCUCACUCUCUCAUAUCUGCUGUAAGAGACUAGGUUUCACCAUGUGAGUGUUUUGUGUGGGACUGCAGCAGGGUGAGAGAGAGAGAGCGUGUUGGCAUGCUCAGGCCUGUUAGGAGCUGUUCCAUGAUGGAGCACCACAAAACUCCCAUAACCUGAACAUUAAGCAUGUUGCUGCACCACUGACUUUGGAACACACACACACAAUCUGUUUCCCCUCCAUUGGUAAUUAACGUGUGUGUGUGUGUGUGUGUGUGUGUGUGUGUGUGUGUGUGUGAUUAAAAAGUGAGGAAUGGAAUGUAAAGGUAGGAGAACAAUGAGGGGCAGUGUUGACCUGUAGGCACUGGCUCCUCUCACCCUCCCCUUCCCAUUCUCCACUGCAUUCCUCUUCCAUUUACUCCCAGAUUACUGCAGGUCUGAGGAAUUCCCUAGGGAGAACUCCCGGGCUGCGUCCCAAAUGGAACCCUAUUCCCUAUAUAGUGCACUACUUUUGACCACAGCCCUAUACAUAGGGAAUAUAAUGCCAUUUGGGGCGUACCCCUGCUCCCACCUUACAUGAAAAUGGUUUGAGGCUGAAGACCGGUUGAAUACAGAAAGCUACAGUGUAAGGUGAAGGUGAAUGAGCUUGGCAUUAUGAGUGGAAACACACAGAUGAAACUGUGCAUACAGUACAUCAGACACGCAUGCGCACGCACACGCAUACACACACACACACACCCUCUUCCCCCAUGCAGUGUGUUCCAGUUGACUCACUGUUGACAUUGACAGUUUUCUUCCUUAAAGUGUAGGUAGCAUAAACGUAACCACAUGUAACAUGGAUUAGCAUUAGAAUACGCAUCAAAAGUCCCAAUGCAAAGUUACACCUCACUUUUCUAUUUUUCGAGUUAUAAUAUACAACUGAUCAGAAUUCCGAAGAAUGCUGAAGUCAUGCUGGAAAAAACAUUUGCGUGGUGUGAUGUAAUAUGGAGGACCCGGCAAGCCAGCCUAUUCCCUAUAAUGUAAACUCCAACAGAAAUAACUUCAAAUAAACAAAUUGUUUGCAUUCAUGACUACUGGUUUCAAUUACAUUUUCAGCCAACUUACAAGCUACUACUUUAUGAAUGUAUUGUUACAAAUCAGCUUGCAAGGUUGCUAGCCAACUAGUCUGCUAACGUUAGGCCUACCAGCCUGCUAACAUUACGUUAGCACUACGUGAGUCAGCCAGUUGCUAUCAACACCUAGCUUACAGCGAUAUUAAAGUAAACCAACGUUUUUCGAAAUGCAUGACGCCAUCUAAUCAAUUAUCAAAUAAUGUUACCGAUAUAUGCCGUUAUCUUAGCUAGCAAGCCAGUCAGCUAAAGUUUUGUUAUUUUAGCCUGCUAGCUAGCCUAGCCAGCUAACUAGCCUAGCUAGCCAACCACCACGUUCGACAUAGCUACAGUUGAAGUCGGAAGUUUACAUACAUACUUAGGUUGGAGUCAUUAAAACUUGUUUUUCAACCACUCCACAAAUUUCUUGUUAACAAACUAUAGUUUUGGCAAGUCGGUUAGGACAUCUACUUUGUGCAAGACACAAGUAAUUUUUCCAACAAUUGUUUACAGACAGAUUAUUUCACUUAUAAUUCACUGUAUCACAAUUCCACUGGGUCAGAAGUUUACAUACAGUAAGUUGACUGUGCCUUUAAACAGCUUGGAAAAUUCCAGAAAAUGAUGUCAUGGCUUUAGAAGCUUCUGAUAGGCUAAUUGACAUCAUUUGUGUCAAUUGGCGGUGUACCUGUGGAUGUAUUUCAAGGCCUACCUUCAAACUCAGUGCCUCUUUGCUUGACAUCAUGGGAAAAUCAAAAGAAAUCAGCCAAGACCUCGGAAAAACAAUUGUAGACCUCCACAAGUCUGGUUCAUCUGGGAGCAAUUUCCAAAUGCCUGAAGGUACCACGUUCAUCUGUACAAACAAUAGUAUGCAAGUAUAAACACCAUGGGACCACGCAGCGUCAUACCGCUCAGGAAGGAGACGCGUUCUGUCUCCUAGAGAUGAAUGUACUUUGGUGUGAAAAGUGCAAAUCAAUCCCAGAACAACAGCAAAGGACCUUGUGAAGAUGCUGGAGGAAACAGGUACACAAGUAUCUACAGUGAGGGAAAAAAGUAUUUGAUCCCCUGCUGAUUUUGUAUGUUUGCCUGCUGAGAAAGACAUGAUCAGUCUAUCAUUUUAAUGGUAGGUUUAUUUGAACAGUGAGAGACAGAAUAACAACAAAAAAAUCCAGAAAAACACAUGUCAAAAAUGUUAUAAAUUGAUUUGCAUUUUAAUGAGGGAAAUAAUUAUCUGACCCCUCUGCAAAACAUUACUUCGUACUUGGUGGCAAAACCCUUGUUGGCAAUCACAGAGGUCAGACGUUUCUUGUAGUUGGCCACCAGGUUUACACACAUCUCAGAAGGGAUUUUGUCCCACUAACCUUUGCAGAUCUUCUCCAAGUCAUUAAGGUUUCGAGGCUGACGUUUGGCAACUCGAACCUUCAGCUCCCUCCAUAGAUUUUCUAUGGGAUUAAGGUCUGGAGACUGGCUAGGCCACUCCAGGACCUUAAUCUGCUUCUUCUUGAACCACUCCUUUGUUGCCUUGGCCGUGUGUUUUGGGUCAUUGUCAUGCUGGAAUAAUCAUCCACGACCCAUUUUCAAUGCCCUGGCUGACGGUACAUGGCCCCGUCCAUCGUCCCUUUGAUGCGGUGAAGUUGUCCUGUCCCCUUAGCAGAAAAACACCCCCAAAGCAUAAUGUUUCCACCUCCAUGUUUGACGGUGGGGAUGGUGUUCUUGGGGUCAUAGGCAACAUUCCUCCUCCUCCAAACACGGCUAGUUGAGUUGAUGCCAAAGAGCUCGAUUUUGGUCUCAUCUGACCACAACACUUUCACCCAGUUCUCCUCUGAAUCAUUCAGAUGUUCAUUGGCAAACUUCAGAUGGCCCUGUAUAUGUGCUUUCUUGAGCAGGGGGACCUUGCGGGCGCUGCAGGAUUUCAGUCCUUCACGGCGUAGUGUGUUACCAAUUGUUUUCUUGGUGACUAUGGUCCCAGCUGCCUUGAGAUCAUUGACAAGAUCCUCCCGUGUAGUUCUGGGCUGAUUCCUCACCGUUCUCAUGAUCAUUGCAACUCCACGAGGUGAGAUCUUGCAUGGAGCCCCAGGCCGAGGGAGAUUGACAGGUCUUUUGUGUUUCUUCCAUUUGCGAAUAAUCGCACCAACUGUUGUCACCUUCUCACCAAGCUGCUUGGCGAUGGUCUUGUAGCCCAUUCCAGCCUUGUGUAGGUCUACAAUCUUGUCCCUGACAUCCUUGGAGAGCUCUUUGGUCUUGGCCAUGGUGGAGAGUUUGGAAUCUGAUUGAUUGAUUGCUUCUGUGGACAGGUGUCUUUUAUACAGGUAACAAGCUGAGAUUAGGAGCACUCCCUUUAAGAGUGUGCUCCUAAUCUCAGCUCGUUACCUGUAUAAAAGACACCUGGGAGCCAGAAAUCUUUCUGAUUGAGAGGGGGUCAAAUACUUAUUUCCCUCAUUAAAAUGCAAAUCAAUUUAUAAUAUUUUUGACAUGCGUUUUUCUGGAUUGUUUUUGUUGUUAUUUUGUCUCUCACUGUUCAAAUAAACCUACCAUUUAAAAUUAUAGACUGAUCAUUUCUUUGUCAGUGGGCAAACGUACAAAAUCAGCAGGGGAUCAAAUACUUUUUUCCCUCACUGUAUAUCCACAGUAAAACGAGUCCUAUAUUGACAUAACCUGAAAGGCCGCUCAGCAAGGAAGAAGCCACUUCUCCAAAACCGCCAUAAAAAAGCCAGACUACGGUUUGCAACUGCACAUGGGGACAAAGAUUGUACUUUUUGGAGAAAUGUCCUCUGAUUUGAUUAAACAAAAAUAGAACUGUUUGGCCAUAAUGACCAAUGUUAUGUUUGGAGGAAAAAGGGGGUUAUUGCAAGCUGAAGAACACCAUCCCAACCGUGAAGCACGGGGGUGACAGCAUCAUUCUGUGGGGUUGCUUUGCUGCAGGAUGGACUGGUGCACUUCACAAAAUAGAUCGCAUCAUGAGGAAGGAAAAUUAUGUGGAUAUAUUGAAGCAACACCUCAAGACAUCAGUCAGGAAGUUAAAGCUUGGUAGCAAAUGGGUCUUCCAAAUGGACAAUGACCCCAAGCAUACUUCCAAAGUUGUGGCAAAAUGGCUUAAGGACAACAAAGUCAAGGUAUUGGAGUGGCCAUCACAAAGCCCUGACCUCAAUCCUAUAGAAAAUGUGUGGGCAGAACUGAAAAAGCGUGUGCGAGCAAGGAGGCCUACAAACCUGACUCGUUACACCAGCUCUUUCAGGAGGAAUGGGCCAAAAUUCACCCAACUUAUUGUUGGAAGCUUGUGGAAGGCUACCCUUAACAUUUGACCCAAGUUAAAUAAUUUAAAGGCAAUGCUACCAAAUACUAUUUGAGUGUAUGUAAACUUCUGACCCACUGGGAAUGUGAUGAAAGAAAUAAAAGCUGAAAUAAAUAAUUCUCUCUACUAUUACUCUGACAUUUCACAUUCUUAAAAUAAAGUGGUGAUCCUAACUGACCUAAGAAAUUGAAUAUUUACUAGGAUUAAAUGUCAGGAAUUGUGAAAAACUGAGUUUAAAUGUAUUUGGCUAAGGUGUAUGUAAACUUCCGACUUCAACUGUAAGUAGUAAACCAGAGAACAACUAGUCUAGCACAGUCAGGAACCCACAGAACAGAACAACAAAAAUAGCCAGCAGAUAUAGAGUAGAGAGAGCGGAGACUUACCAAUUGACAGCUAAAUUAGCUACCAAAGUUAAAGAAGAGCCAAUGAGAGGACUUCAGAUGGAGAGGCCGUUUCACCGGCCAAGGGAGAGUCAGCUAAUCCAAUAGCGAUAUAGUGAAGUAAAUCCACAUUGUAUUUACCCGGUUUAUCUCCAUCUCUGCAGACACUCACGAUGUACAAGUAGGUCGGUAGGAAAUAGAGGUUGCAGGCUUCACAUUCACGCUUGGCACAGCACCUGGUUUCAGUCAGUCUCAUUUCAAAUCCUGACUUCCACUGGUUAUACUAAGCCAUCGAAGUCCUCGGGUGAAAUGAGCACCGCAUACAGUAGACGUGCGCACGGUUUCCCGUACUCCAAUCUGCUCGCUUCAACCAGACAAACCGGUCCUACUUCAUAGCUAGCUUCUAAUUUCUGGGCCACAAAUGAGUCGUAACUCCGUCCUUGUGGAUAUUAUGGCAAUAUGUGGGAAUUCCUGCGCUAGCUACGAACGACGGAAAACUACUACAAUGCUCGCUUGACUACCACUACUAAACGCACAGGAGAAGAGGAGAUUCUUUGCAUGAAGGUAUAUGGUUUCUUCUUCGUAGAUGUACAUAGUACCUCACCACCACCAACACUAGUAGCUAACGUUAGCCAGCUGGAACUAGCUAGGUAUCACCGGUUCUCCAUUUGACGUUGAGAAAGAGUGCAUUGUGGGUAGUUCCGAAGAUAUCUGGAAAUAAGUUAAUAAAUAUGUACGCUGAACAGAAAUAAACGCAACAUGCAACAAUUCAUAUAAGGACAUCAGUCAAUUGAAAUUAGGCCCUAAUAUAUGGAUUUCACAUGACAGGGAAUACAGAUAUGCAUCUGUCACAGAUACCUUUAAAAAAAAAAGUCAGUAUCUGGUGUGGCCAUCAUUUGCGUCAUGCAGCCCGACACAUCUUCUUCGCAUAGAGUUGAUCAGGCUGUUUAUUGUGGGAUGUUGUCCCACUCCUCUUCAAUGGCUUUGUGAAGUUGCUGGGUAUUGUCAGGAACUAGAACACGCUGUCGUACACGUCGAUCCAGAGCAUCCCAAACAUGCUCAGUGGGUGACCUGUCUGGUGAGUAUGCAGGCCAUGGAAGAACUGGGACGUUUUCAGCUUCCAGGAAUUGUGUACAGAUCCUUGCGAAAUGGGGCCAUGCAUUAUCAUGCUGAAACAUGAGGUGAUGGCGGCGGAUGAAUGCAAGACAAUGGGCCUCAGGAUCACUUCACGGUGGUAUCUCUCUGCAUACAAAUGGCCUUCGAUAAAAUGCAAUUGUGUUUGUUGUCCGUAGCUUAUGCCUGCCCAUACCAUAACCCCUCUGCCACCAUGGGGCACUCUGUUCACAAUGUUGACAUCAGCAAACCACUUUCCCACACAACGCCAUCUGCCCGGUACAGUUAAAACUGGGAUUCAUCCAUGAAGAGCACACUUGUCUAGCGUGCCAGUGGCCAUCGAAGGUGAGCAUUUGCCCACUAAAGUCGGUUACGACGCCAAACUGCAGUCAGGUCAACACCCUGGUGAGGACGACGAGCACGCAGAUGAGCUUCCCUGAGAUGGUUCCUGACAGUUUUUGCAGAAAUUCUUCUGUUGUGCAAACCCACAGUUUCAUCAGCUGGUCUCAAACGAUCCCGCAGGUGAAGAAGCCGGAUGUGGAGGUCCUGGGCUGGUGUGGUUACACCUGGUCAGCAGUUGUGAGGCCAACCGGCCUCACAUACUGCCAAAUUCUUUAAAAUGACAUUGGAGGUGGCAUAUGGUAGUGAAAUUAACAUUAAAUUAUCUGGCAACAGCUCUGAUGGACAUUCCUGCAGUCAGCAUGCCAAUUGCACACUCCCUCAAAACUUGAGACAUCUGUGGCAUUGUGUUGUGUGCCAAACCUUUUUUUUUUUUUAGCUCAUGAAACAUGGGGCCAGUAUAGUUAUAGGUAACCAGAUCGUGACUACAACUAAGUUACUAAGUCUUUGACCACACUGUGUUGUUACAUUGGUGAGUAAAAACUCAUGCUUCCUACCUUUUUAAGAAUUUCUUUCCUUACACAUAAUCUUUGCUGGCACAAAGGAACACAAACCUUGUGUUACCACACAAAGACACACAUUUGACCUGGCUGCUCCUUGGAUUGUGUCAAGCUGUCCGUGCCCACACCCUGUCACCCACAUUAAAACCAUAUGCACACUCAUCCCAGAGCUGGGCAAAUAUGGCUUAGGACCAACUCGAUCUGUGUUCCAAAUGGCAUCCUAUUCCCUAUGUAGCACACUACUUUUGACCAGGGCCAUUUGAGACGCACACUCAGUAUCUAAAAUGCUUGUGUUCACACAUGCAGUCUGAAUGUUGAAUGUUGUUGGGCUCUUUUUUUUAACAAUAUGGUCUGUGGGAAUAAUCCUGAUGGAACCAGUAAAUUAGUUCUGGUAAGGUUAUUUUCUCCCAAAGGAGGAUUUCCCUUUUCCAGUAAUCUAGGCCUAGUUUUCCUCCCCCCUAAACUGAUGUCGGUGACUAAGUUGAAGCUGCAUGACUGUGCCUGCCGUGUGGCGAGUGACUUUAUGGAUAGUAAUUGACUUGGGUGUGUGUGUGCUUUAUGUGCAGUAACUACUGGUUCUGCCUGCGUCUUUGUCUACCUGCCCCCAUAUUUAUUUUGCUCUUUCUCUCUAAUUGUUUUUCUUCUUUCUCUCCCCCUCAUUCUUUCCUUCUCUCUCUCUCUCUCCCCCGCUCUCUCUACCCCCCCCCCCCCCCCCCCCCCUCUUUUCCAAUCUCCAUUUUGCAACUCUCCUGUAAGUUUUAUGAUCAAAAGUAACAUUAUUACUGAGUUUUCCCUCGUGUAACCAGCUACAAAAAUACGUUUUUCUACUGCUCUUUGGAUGAUGGAUGAUGAAGAUAUUAUUAUGGUUGGCCAGUGUGCAUGUCCUGAAUGUGACACCAAUUGAAUCGCAACAUCCCGUUUCACACGACCCAGAUGUGACUAUUUAGACUUUGUGCUGUUCUGUGUACGCAAGUAAAUAAAACAAGUAUUUUUGCUUAUUUGACUGUCUCCAAAAAAGAUAAACAGACGCUACAUUUGAACAGUAUCCCUGAUCUGUGUACCGUAGUUUGGUGGGGAUACACAUACUGUACAUCACAGGAGGCAUCAUAAUAAUGGCCGGAACGGAGCAAAUGUAAUGGCAUCAAACACCUGGAAACCAUGUGCUUGAUGUAUUUGAUACCAUUCCGCUCCAGUCAUUAACAUGAGCCCGUUCUCCCCAAAUAAGGUGCCACCAACCUCCUGUGCUGUACAUGCAGCAAAAACAGUUGCCAUUCUUUACAUAUUGGCCAAGAAACAUCAGAAUUCUGUCCAGAUAAAAUGUCAACUGAAAUGUAAACACUUUUUAAUGUUCUGAAUAUGUCUACUGGGAUCACAGCAUUGAUAUGACACAGGCGAUCGUGAAUACGUGACAAAAAGACAGGAUUCACCCCAGUUUACUCCCUAGAGAGUGAUUAUGAAGAGUUGAAGAGCAGAACAAUUGUUAUUUUGGUGCAGCAUUCUAUCAGCAGUGCAGUCUGGUGCUGGAGCCAACUUGUUGAUCGUAAUCAGAAAGAAACAUCUCUGGGACUGGUUUGUGACGUUUCGUUCCUUAUCAGUGUUACAUACACUAUUUGCCCCUCCUUGGGAUCCAUAGCUUAAGAGGAGUCAUCGUUAUGGAUACUGUGGAUUUACCGGAUUUACUUGUUAAUAGUCAAAUAAAUCCUCAUUAAGGACUAUUUUUGGACUUUCAGCAGAUGCUCAUGUCAGUCUUUCUUUCUUACCCUUUGGAAAUGGGGAGGUUUCGGGAGAUUGACUGUGAUUGCAUUGAAUUUGUUUCUGUGAUCUUGUGCCAAGUUGAUGUCGACCUCUCAAACUGAGGUUCAGAUAGUGGGCUAGAUAAUGGAGGGACUCUGAGUGAAUUGCCUCGGCAGUGUCAUGCGCUAUCAUGGUGAAGCUCCAUUUGGAGUAAAUGUAGGACCCAUUAUUAUUCCCCCCAAAAUUCUAGCGAUGAUAGGAAACGGCGUAGUGGCCAAUAUUGAUCUAAAUUGUGGAUUUGUUUCACCGAUGCAACUGUAUUAGUGCUUUGGAAUUGAUGCCGCAAGUUUAGCCUUUGCUUUUAAAUUCAUUCAAUAGACCUAUAAGUUGUGUCUAAUCCUAUUGCUUUUAGGAUCCAGCGGUACAGUUAAAGGGGCAAUCAGCAGUUGAAACAAUAACAAAGCGUACUCCCCGCCCCUGUUUUGGUAAAAGUGGAGGGAUGGGGCUAGAAAGAUGUAACUAAUCUCAAAUUCAUAGACCAAGCUAUGGAUGCAAGGACUGAUCUUCCAUGAUAUGAAAUGUAUAGUUUUAACCAUGUUUUGAGGCUAUAUAGUAUUUGUUUAAAUGUACUUUGUUUACAAACAUUGGAAUAAAACAAUGUUUUGGGUUCUGAUGAGGUACAACAGCUGGAAAGGGGAUACCUAGCCAGUUACACAACUGAAUGCAUUCAACCAAAAUGUGUUUAACCCAACCCAUCUGAAUCAGAGAUGUGUGGGGCUGCCUUAAUCGACAUCCACGUCAUCGGCAUUCACGUCAUCUAAGCUCAUGAGGCAUUUAUACUUUUAUAGUCUUCAAUGGGGACAUAUCAUUAAUUUAUAAGUCCAAAAAUGGAUGUAGCAUUUUACAUUUUAGUCAUUUAGCAGACGCUCUUAUCCAGAGCGACUUACAGUUAGUGAGUGCAUACAUUUUCAUACUGGCCCCCUGUGGGAAUCGAACCCAAAACCCUGGUGUUGCAAACGCCAUGCUCUACCAACUGAGCUACACGGGACUUUACAUAGAUAAAAGUCUGUGUGUGUGUAUGUGUAUACUCCGUACUCACUAUGUGUAUACUCUGUACUCACACAGCAACUGCAGAUUGCCCCAUUUUAAUCUAUCUUUCAUAAGUUAAUGAGAGGUUAGUGUUAGAAACUCAUAGGCAGUACAUAAUAUGGCAUAAUAGCAUUGGCUAGUCAUGAGAAUGCGUAAACAUAGCUCUUUCCUGUGCAGAUGUAGGCCAUAGAUUGAUAUAGGCCUACUUUUUGGUAUGGCUGACAGUACAACAGUAGAGUAACUUAAAAGGCAACUCUGCCACUUAACAUUUGGGUUGUUAUUAUGAAGUAUUUAGUGAUGUCCUACAUAGUUUUAGUGUUCUUUUAUGAUUUUAUGUCUAUUACUGUUUUUAGUGAUGAGCAAAACAGGAAAUUGCUUCUGACAUUUUCAAGUAGGAUCCCUGAGAUGAUUAAUAAAAUAAAUUAUGGACCGGCAUUUUCAGCGAUCUAUAUAACCCAUCUGUAGUUUUCAUAUUGAACUCCCUGCUACAGUGCAUUUGGAAAGUAUUCAGACCCCUUGACUUUUUCCACAUUUUGUUAUGUUACAGCCUUAUUCUAAAAUUGAUGAAAUGGUUAUUUUCCCUCAUCAGUCUACACACAAUACCCCAUAAUGACAAAGCAAAAACAGGUUUUAAGAUUUGUUUUGCAAAUAUAUAUAUAUAUAUAUAUAUAUAUAUAUAUAUAUAUAUCUAUAUAUAUAUAUAUAUAUAUAUAUAUAUAUAUAUAUAUAUAUAUAUAUAUAUAUAGUAUAUAUAUAUAUAUAUAUAUAUAUACAUACUCAUAUCACAUUUACAUAAGUAUUCAGACCCUUUACUCAGUAAAGCACCUUUGGCAGCGAUUACAGCCUCAAGUCUUCUUGGGUAUGACGCUACAACCUUGGAACACCUGUAUUUGGGGAGUUUCUCCCAUUCUUCUCUGCAGAUCCUCUCAAGCUCUGUCAGGUUGGAUGGGGAGUGUUGCUGCACAGUUAUUUUCAGGUCUCUCCAGAGAUGUUCGAUCGGGUUCAAGUCCGGGCUCUGGCUGGGCCACUCAAGGACAUUCAGAGACUUGUCCCGAAGCCACUCCUGCGUUGUCUUGGCUGUGUGCUUAGGGUCGUUGUCCUGUUGGAAGGUGAACCUUCGCCCCAGUCUGAGGUCCUGAGCGCUCUGGAGCAGGUUUUCAUCAAGGAUCGCUCAGUACUUUGCUCCGUUCAUCUUUCCCUCGAUCCUGACUAGUCUCCCAGUCCCUGCCGCUGAAAAACAUCCCCACAGCAUGCUUCACCGUAGGGAUAGUGCCAGGUUUCCUCUAGACGUGACGCUUGGCAUUCAGGCCAAAGCGUUCAAUCUUGGUUUCAUCAGACCAGAGAAUCUUGUUUCUCAUGGUCUGAGAGUCUUUAGGUGCCUUUUGGCAAACUCCAAGCGGGCUGUCAUGUGCCUUUUACUAAGGAGUGGCUUCCGUCUGGCCACUCUACCAUAAAGGCCUGAUUGGUGGAGUGCUGCAGAGAUGGUUGUCCUUCUGCAAUGUUCUGCCAUCUCCACAGAGGAACUCUGGAGCUCUGUCAGAGUGACCAUCGGGUUCUUGGUAACCUCCCUGACCAAGGCCCUUGUCCCCCGAUUGCUCAGUUUGGCCGGGCGGCCAGCUCUAGGAAAGAGUCUUGGUGGUUCCAAACUUCUUCCAUUUAAGAAUAAUGGAGGCCACUGUGUUCUUGGGGACCUUCAAUGCUGCAGAAAUGUUUUGGUACACUUCCCAGAUCUGUGCCUCGACACGAUCCUGUCUUGGAGCUCUACGGAGAAUUUAUUUGACCUCAUGGCUUGGUUUUUGCUCUGACAUGUACUGUCAACUGUGGGACCUUAUAUAGACAGGUGUGUGCCUUUCCAAAUCAUGUCCAAUCAAUUGAAUUUACCACAUGUGGACUCCAAUCAAGUUGUAGAAACAUCUCAAGGAUGAUCAACGGAAACAGGAUGCACCUGAGCACAAUUUCGAGUCUCAUAGCAAAGGGUCUGAAUACUUAAUGUAAAUAAGGUAUUUCUGAUUUUUAUUUUUAAUACAUUUGCAAACAUUUCUAAACCUGAUUUCGCUUUGUCAUUAUGGGGUAUUGUGUGUGUAAAUUGCGGAAAAAAAUAAUACUUAAUCAAUUUUAGAAUAAGGCUGUAAAGUAACAAAAUGUGGAAAAGGUCAAGGGGUCUGAAUACUUUCCCAAGGCACUGUAAGUGAUGUUCUUGGUCCCAAUCAAUUAACACAAGCCUUUGCAGCCCGAUAAACUGAACAUGAUGAGUACCUCAUAUCUUUUCACACUGUUUUUAUAAGAACUCAAAUUCGCUUGUUUUCGCUUUGUCAUUAUGGGGUAUUGUGUGUAAAUUGAGGAAAAUGUUUUAUUUAUUCCAGGCCGUAACGUAACAAAAUGUGGAAAAAGGGAAGGGGUCUGAGUACUUUCUGAAAGCACUGUAUAUGUUGCUCUGGUUGUCUUCCUCUAAAAACAUCUGUAAAAAAUAUUUUAAAUAGACACUCAAAAACCUAUAGAAUGAUAUUUGUAGUCGGGUUAUUCCAAUAUUUUUCUGUUGUUCAAGCUCCCAUGAUUACAUUCUGCAAAACCACUCCCACCAUCACCGAUGAAGUUGCAGCUCCAGCAGCCAUUGCUCCCUUUCCAAAUAGCCUACAGUGAGGGAAAAAAUAUUUGAUCCCCUGCUGAUUUUGUACGUUUACCCACUGACAAAGAAAUGAUCCGUCUAUAAUUUUAAUGGUAGGUUUAUUUGAACAGUGAGAGACAGAAUAACAACAAAACAAUCCAGAAAAACGCAUGUCAAAAAUGUUAUAAAUUGAUUUGCAUUUUAAUGAGGGAAAUAAGUAUUUGACCCCCUCUCAAUCAGAAAGAUUUCUGGCUCCCAGGUGUCUUUUAUACAGGUAAUGAGCUGAGAUUAGGAGCACACUCUUAAAGGGAGUGCUCCUAAUCUCAGUUUGUUACCUGUAUAAAAGACACCUGUCCACAGAAGCAAUCAAUCAAUCAGAUUCCAAAUUCUCCACCAUGGCCAAGACCAAAGAGAUCUCCAAGGAUGUCAGGGACAAGAUUGUAGACCUACACAAGGCUGGAAUGGGCUACAAGACCAUCGCCAAGCAGCUUGGUGAGAAGGUGACAACAGUUGGUGCGAUUAUUCGCAAAUGGAAGAAACACAAAAGAACUGUCAAUCUCCCUCGGCCUGGGGCUCCAUGCAAGAUCUCACCUUGUGGAGUUGCAAUGAUCAUGAGAAUGUUGAGGAAUCAGCCCAGAACUACACAGGAGGAUCUUGUCAAUGAUCUCAAGGCAGCUGGGACCAUAGUCACCAAGAAAACAAUUGGUAACACACUACGCCGUGAAGGACUGAAAUCCUGCAGCGCCCGCAAGGUCCCCCUGCUCAAGAAAGCACAUAUACAGGGCCAUCUGAAGUUUGCCAAUGAACAUCUGAAUGAUUCAGAGGAGAACUGGGUGAAAGUGUUGUGGUCAGAUGAGACCAAAAUGGAGCUCUUUGGCAUCAAAUCAACUCGCCGUGUUUGGAGGAGGAGGAAUGCUGCCUAUGACCCCAAGAACACCAUCCCCACCGUCAAACAUGGAGGUGGAAACAUUAUGCUUUGGGGGUGUUUUUCUGCUAAGGGGACAGGACAACUUCACCGCAUCAAAGGGACGAUGGACGGGGCCAUGUACCGUCAAAUCUUGGGUGAGAACCUCCUUCCCUCAGCCAGGGCAUUGAAAAUGGGUCGUGGAUGGGUAUUCCAGCAUGACAAUGACCCAAAACACACGGCCAAGGCAACAAAGGAGUGGCUCAAGAAGAAGCACAUUAAGGUCCUGGAGAGGCCUAGCCAGUCUCCAGACCUUAAUCCCAUAGAAAAUCUGUGGAGGGAGCUGAAGGUUCGAGUUGCCAAACGUCAUGCCUCGAAACCUUAAUGACUUGGAGAAUAUCUGCAAAGAGGAGUGGGACAAAAUCCCUCCUGAGAUGUGUGCAAUCCUGGUUGCCAACUACAAGAAACGUCUGACCUCUGUGAUUGCCAACAAGGGUUUUGCCACCAAGUACUAAGUCAUGUUUUGCAGAGGGGACAAUUACUUAUUUCCCUCAUUAAAAUGCAAAUCAAUUUAUAACAUUUUUGACAUGCGUUUUUCAGGAUUUUGUUUUGUUGUUAUUCUGUCUCUCACUGUUCACAUAAACCUACCAUUAAAAUGAUAGAUUAUGAUCAUGUCUUUGUCAGUGGGCAAACAUACAAAAUCAGCAGGGGAUCAAAUACUUUUUUCCCUCACUGUAUAUUUUCAUAGUGAAUUACUUAUAAAUGUUUUACUUUUUAUUAGUUCCAAUAGGCCUACAGUGUUGUUACUAAGGCUGUUAUUGUUGAACACUUUUUUUCUUUUUCAGAUGCAGCAGGGUUAGCUACUUAG